GCGGGUGGCCAGCGACAGCGGAUGGACGACGCAGAGAUGGAUGAGAUUUAGGAUGCCCUCGAUGAGGAGGACGGCCGCGAGGGUGGGGCCAGGGAGGGGGGGGUGGUAGACGAGGCAGACGAGGGAGUAGGAGAGCCUGACCUGCCAGGGGAGGAGGUGCUGAUGAUGUCGAGAGGCGUCCGUCGAGCGGGUCCCGCUCCUAGGGCGCCGCGACCUGAGUUGGAUCGCGCGAGGAGGGAGAAGAGCACAGUGGGGGAGGCUGGCGUCGAUGUGCGAGACACGGGCAGGGAGAAGAGGGCUCGACAGACCACGAUUGACGAGAUGUAUGCCAAGGAGAAGUUGGCGGAGUUCACAGACGCGUGGCUGCAGUGGAUCUACGUGAAGGGGUUGCCAUUCAACGCCUUCCGUGGUCCGGAGUUCCAGAAGGUGCGGCAGGCGGCGGAGAGAGUGCCUCGCAGUAUCCAGUUCCGGUUUCCCUCCUUCAGGGUCACAGCGGGUGCCGGAUGGAUAGGGGGGGGGAUGAUGAUGUCCGUCGUUUACGAGUGGAGUCAGCAUGUGUUGCAGUUGAUGAGGAGGGUGGACGUGUCGGAGGACAUGAUCGAGCCGUGCGUGYGUGAGGUUGCCAUCCGCAACCUCCACAUGCUAGAGCCCGCACAUGCCGCAGCCCACCUCCUCAACCCUCGUCGACGGUCCCUCAUGUAUUACCAUUCGUUGGAGACGACCGCCGACGACCGCCGUGUGGUCGAGGAGUGCGACAGAUUUCUCCUGGCACAGACCGRCGGCGAUCUGGUCGGCAGAUUGUACAGGACUGUGAGGGACCAGAUGAGGGCGUUCCACUCGAGGCGAGGGGAUUGGGGAGGUGACCUCUCCGAUGCCGAGGCGGACGAUUGUAGGGGGGACAGCGAGACCGAGCGAUGUGCAGCGUGGUGGUUUGAGCAUGAACGUGCCCACCCGGAGUUGCGCACCAUCGCCAUCCGUGUCAUGCACUUGUGGACGUCUGGCUCUCCAGCGGAGAGAAACUUGGCGCAGCACGAGCGCAUCAACACAGCGAGGCGCCCAUUCGGUUCGGGACGUGUUCGGCAUCAGGGCGACAAGGAGACCGCGGGUGAUGAGGGGCAGGAUGUUGUCGUGGGCGGUGGGUCCCCUACUGGGGGGCGUGGCGACAGUGAGACCGCGGGUGAUGACGGACAGGGUGCCGCCGUGUGUAGCAGAGGAGAGGGUGGACCCGGUGGAGAUGGGGAUAUCGCGGGUGUCGGUGGAGACGAUGGACCGGACGGAGAUGAUGACGACGACCACAGUCCCGAGGACGAUGCGCAUAGGCUCGCCUUGGUGUUGAGGUACCCCACAGUACCUCCCUUGCGCCCUGACGACACAUCGCACACUUUCUAUGACGUCGACGCUUUGGCGCAAGCGUUGACGGAUGACCCUUUCGCACACGUGAGCCGCAAGAGCGGCAAGAGGCGGGCCCUUGUGAGGGUAUAUUCACCGCCGCCGUUCGAGGUGCACAGCCCUCAUUGGUCGGGUUCGUCGCUCAGCAGUGUGAGAGGGAGGGAGUCCGGAGCGGCUGAGGUGGGGUCCGGCAGACGCAGCGACGGCGGCAGAGAUAGUGCAGGAUCAAUGCCUCCACCGCCCGCAUGGACUCCGGAGGCCAGGGUCGAAACAGGGGACCGGACGGCGGCACCCGGAGUUGCGCAAAGUGGCGGUUCCCUGCCGACAGUCCGAGGUGGUGUGGGUGGCCGAUGGUCAGCUGUUCGUCGGGCCGGGGACCGGUUGAGGGCGGAUUACGACGCGGGGAGGGGCGUCUUCACGAGACGUACGCCAGUUCAGACGCAGGCUGCGGAGGGUGGGUCCGGACGUCCGAGCCUGCAGAUGGCAGGCCGCAUGCUCGGUUGGUCAGGAGCAGAGACGAGGAGAGUAUUGGUCAUCGAGGCCGCAGGGACAUCUAGGACAUGCUGCAGGGAGAGCAGUUCACAUCGAGCGAGGAGGGGUUGUUGAUGCGUCUCGGGACAAGACGA